AUGUUAUUCUCCACACUUAUCACUUCUUCUAUGGCGGUCCUCGCAUUAGCAAGCCCGUUGAGACCCCGCACUGUAAAUGAUAUUGCUGUCGAUGAAGCCUCACCUGCCCCUCUGAUUGAAUGGGCAGACACAAAAAGAAUCGCAAGGACCAUUGCCGACGAGGAAGAAGCUUCACUUGCUCCAAUAAUCGAGUGGGCAGAUACAAAGAAGACCGCAAGAACUGUCUCCAACGAGGAAGAAACAGCACCUACACCCCUCAUUGAAUGGGCAAUCUCUAGCAAGGCUUAG